AAAAACAAUGGAAAUCAUCAAAAUGAUGGAAAAAUUAAUCAACGACAGCAACAGCAACAAAGAACCAAAAUAAUGAUCCAUAGCGAUGAUAAUGGUGGUGCGGGUGGUGGUGGUGCCAAAGCAGCCACCCCGAUCGGCCAAGUAGGCGUCAAAAUUCCUGAUGGUAAACAACAACUGGGAAAUUCAGGCCGAGAAGAAGAAAAGCGUCAAGAUAAAUGGAUCGAGGAUUUACCAACAUUACCAAUACCGGAUCUAGAAAAAACAAUGGAACGUUAUUUGGAUGGUUUAGAAUCAGUUAUACAAUCAACAUUACAAAUGGAACAAACACGAUUAAUUGUUAAAGAUUUUUUAUAUGGAAAUAAUGACAAUAAUGAUGAUGAUCAUAGUGAAGGAAAACGAUUACAAAAAUUAUUAAUUGAAUAUGCUAAACAAACUGAUAAUUGGGUAAGU